CAACACCCUCAGGAGGGAGAACGGCGCAAAUAGUGUCGCUGUUGUUGAGUCUGCAACAGUCAAAGGUCUUCACCUGGAACCAUGACACAAAGAGUAUAACCACGGCGACGCCUUCAGAAAAAGCAUGCCACCCACGGGCGCCGCCGUCGUUGACACUAAGACGCAAAACUUUUUUUUGACAACUCAUCCGUGCCACCACGAGGCCGCCAUGAUGAGCGCGACGAGGUCAAAUCCCUAGAUCGAGACGUCACCCCUAUGAGAGGGGAAGCACGCCCGAGCCACCCAUCGUUAGUUGUUUAUUGGGCCUUUAGCAUGGCUUGCCUCAACGGUAGGUGUCAUAUCCCUUGUGAUACACCUUUUCUCAAACAUUUUUGUGAUUUCUUUACUAAAAAGCUGGGAAACCUUAAAAAAUAGUGCAUCCUGCCGGUUCUUAGUUUUUCAUGUCGCACCUCCGGUCCAGUUCGAUUUUUACAACUUUGUUUCGAGCGUGGACACACAUAGCAGGAGCCCUGCUCUGCCUCACUCUCUCUCCCCACGAUGCUGGGUGCGAGCUCAGGCUGGUCCUCUACACCAUGAGCUCGGUCCUCGUGUUCACCAUGUGGGUGCUCAUUGCUGCUGUGUUGUGUCAGACUGUCAGUACUGAGCCAGGUUGGCUGCCGGAGCCAUCCCCACCCUCCUUCCCGACAAGCCGCCGCCCUCCCCGCUAGCCUGGAGACAAUUUCUCGUCAUGGUUGAUGUGAACGUGUGCAGCAGCUUCUCCAGGCCGCUGCCGCAGCUCCGCACAUCAAUUGUUCGAUGAAAUGUAUGGACAUUUGAGGUGGAGAAAUGGUGUAUCCCCCUUGGGUACCAUGGUACAUUUGUCCAGAAAUUCCUAUAUGGAAAAAUUUGAUGGAUAAACAUGGUAGGAAAAUGGGGAAUGGGCCUUGGGGACGCUCUAACAACUGUACUGUAUGCAUAUAGGGAAAUAAUGUAAGAAGUAGACAGAUCUAUGUGAAAUACUGAAGAAAGAGGGACCUUCAGCAAAUAUCACUCAUGCUCUCCCUAUAUAUUCAACAAGGUUAUAUGGCACUGACCCGUGCAUUCUUCAGUUCUCUCGUACACAAAGCAGAAAAAUCAACUUGUGCCUCGAGUUCUUACUUCUUACUUUCUUAGUAGCCAUGAAGAUGGAACAUGACCUCCAUAUGACCAAAGGAGAAGAAGAGACCAGCUACUUCAAGAACUCAAGACUUCAGGAAAAAGCUUUGGUUCAGACUAAGCCGGUUCUCCAGAAGAUUGUGAUGGAAAUGUGCGUGGAUCUCCUCCAUCCAACAAUGACAAUUGUUGACUUAGGCUGCUCUUCAAGUGACAACACACUCUUCUUUGUCUCCAAUGUGAUCGAAGCGGUCAGCCACCACCUUGAGAAAUUCAGUCGCCAUCCCAUUGAGCUUCAGUUCUUUCUCAACGAUUUACCAGGCAACGACUUCAACCAUGUCUUCCAAUCACUUCAACGAUUCAACAACUCGAUUGAUAUGGAUCACAAGGGAGAGCCAAUACCUGCUUUCUACAUCGCUGGGUUGCCCAGCUCCUACUAUACAAGACUUUUGCCUCGCCGGAGUGUUCAUCUCUUUCACUCAUCAUACUGCCUGCAUUGGCGAUCUCGGCUUCCUGAUGGAUUAGAGGGCAAGAAAAGAUCAUAUCCCAAUGAAGGAAACAUCGGCAUUGGAGCGACUACCCCACCCUGUGUGGUGAAAAUGUACAAAGAGCAGUUUCAGAAGGACAUGUUGUUGUUCCUCCAGCUGCGCCAUGAAGAACUAGUUGCCAAUGGACAAAUGGUUCUCACAUUUCUUGGGAGGAAACACGAUGAUGUCUACAGAGCAAGUCUCAACCGUUUAUAUGGGUUACUUUCACAGUCUGUACAAUCUCUUGUUGAGGAGGGGCUCGUGGAGAAAGAAAAGCUGGACUCCUUUAAUCUAGCUGUGUAUGGGCCAUCGAUGGAUGAAGUUAAGGCAGUGGUCGACCAGAGCCAGCAGUUUGAAUUGACUUACAUCAAACUGUUUGAAACCAAUUGGGAUCCUUAUGACGACUCGGAGGGCAAUGAUGUGCACGACAGUGUCCAGAGUGGGAUUAACGUCGCAAACUGCUUGAGAGCAGUGAUGGAGCCCCUGUUUACAAGCCAUUUUGGAGAAUCCGUGCUCGAUGAGCUCUUCAAGAAGUUUGCAUAUAACGUCGCUUUGCACCUUGUCAAGGAGAAGACCAAGUACUCUGUCAUUACUCUAUCACUGAAAAGAAGAUGAGGCGUAGACGAUCUGUGGUCUUGCAAUUUAUGUAUUUAUCAGUCGCCUCCUAAAAUAUAUGCAUGAGUCAUGGGUUGUGUUAUGUUGUUGUUGUAUAUUAAUACUAGGAGAGUUCUUUCCACUACAACUGGGUAUAAUAAUAAGUUCCUCAAAUACUAAUCUGUAUUGCGU